AUGCUUUUCCACAACCUGUUCAUACUUCCUUCGGACGACAAGCAGAACGUCGAUGCCGCUUGGUUUGCGCAUCAAAAGCAAAGAUGUGUACACAAGGACGACGCAACCCUUCGCGCCUGGCUUGUUGAGAUAGUCGAGGCACUGCGUGCAUUUCACGGUGGACAUACGAAUGCAGAUGCAACUGCCGUCGCCAUGACACAUUCGAUAUCUACCUCGCCUGUACCGAGCCUGGGAGGUUAUUCCGACGAGAUCUUGGGGGUGACGACUGUAUGGCUUGUGGUUAUCGCUGCUCUGCUCGAAUGGCCGUCUUCACGUACUCCCGACCUCUUUGCGCUACUGGACGCUAUAGCCAAGCUCCCGGACCAGAUCCACGAGGGCGAAGCGACUGGCGAUGAAGGAGAACCACUAGUCUGGAGCAAAUUCCCAUACUUCGCUCUGAUGUGGCCCGAUAGUCUACAGCCUGGUCAGAUCUGCCGGCAAAGUCCAGACGAAGCAUCCUUGUUCUCGGCACGACGCUUGUAUGUAAGGAUCAAAGAGCUUGAAGCCCAGCUGAUAGCGAAGAACGUCAUGGGCUUGGGCAAGGAGAAGAUCCAAUACAUCAUCCGGGCUCUCGAGAAGGACAUUGACGACAGCGAUACGCGAAUCGCAUUUGACGAGGCGACGGCUUACGAGCAAGUCAAACUCGACUUCCAUAUCCCGGCCAUCUCUUUCAUGUUCAAGUAUAACGCUCGAGAGAUUUAUGACCGAGUUGAACGGGACGGAUUGAGGGACUGGACAAGGCGUCAGAUGCCGAAUGGAGCAAAGGUGUUCGAAGNNACGGGGCUGCACGAUGGUCGUUUUGGCGACACCGACUAG